AUGUAUGGCAAAGUAAUAAAUACACCAAUAUCAGUUUGUAGUAUCGCCUCAGUUUAUUUUAGCAUAUUUGCCUCCAGCCAUAUGCCUUACAAAUACAAUACUCUUUAUUACAUCAGAAACAAACCUGUGGCAAAUGUCAGAGGCAACAGGACAGGCUUGAGGGCAAAAAUUAAGGUCCUCACGAGAAAUGGACCUGUGAGGGGGAAGAGAAAGUUACUAGGCUGGCCAUCAUUUAUUAUGAAAAAAGUGAGUAGCAAACACAACAGGGAACCAUUAUUGCCAACCCAGCAGGAAAAUUAAUUAAGCUAUUUAUAAUACAUGACAGACUUUUGUUCAUUGUUUUAUACAGACCCCAAGUGCCUUUAUAAUUACAAUCCUAAACACACUUUAGGGAGCAAGUUCCACUGAAUAUAGUGUUAUAGGAAAAAUGGGGUUUGGCUUUUGCUGCCCAGCUCUUCAAGGGACUGAGUCCCCUAAGUCAGACAAGAACUUUUUAAUAGUUGCCCAACCCCUUAGCCAAAGACCAGCCAAAGAGUCUUACACAUGUCUCCUGCCUGCCAAGAUAACUGACAAUGUUUUACUGAUUGCAUUACCUGGCCACCUUUUGAUAUGGUAAAUAAAUACUUUAGUUCUAGAAUCCACAAAAUACACAAAAUACGCUCUUAAGACAGGGUUUGAAGGAUUUGUAAGUGAAACUACUGGGAAAGGUUUUUCCAAGAUAUUUCCUUCACAGAGGAAAUGUUUGGGGUCAUUAAGAAUCAAGAUGGCUUCAGGAUUGCUCUCCUGCACUAUUUGAGACAUGUGGUUUAGAUACUUACGCAUGUGUGUUUUACCUUGUGCACAUUUAUUCUAUAUUUGAGACCUUAGAAUUCUUAUAACAAUGGCACAAUCUGCUUUUGAGUAAAUAUAUUUAGGAUUGCAGUGUAGGGCACCUACAAAGCUGUCUUACAACAGGAGUAGGAAACUGUUCUCAGUGUUAGAGCCACACUCCCUCAUGCUGGGGUGGGAGAGGGGCAACAGUUGAGACACACCAUUCUCCCCCAACUCAUUUAAUAUCCCCAGCAACACUGUGAGGCAGCUUAGGCCAAGAGGCAACAACUAGCCCAAUGUCAUUCAGUGAGAUUCACGGCCAAGUGGGAAUUUGAAGUGCCUGGCAUAUAUAUUAACUUCCAUUCUUUCUUGUACGUAUUGUAUAGCACAAUGCUAGCUUCCCCACAACUUGCCUCUGAGAAAAUUAUAGUUCACCAUGAGAUGGACAGACCAUGUAGGUCCUGCCAUGUCCCAAUACACAAUUUGUUGAAAGCUUUUUCAUUUGCAAGGAAGUUGGGUGACUCUGGCGGGUCAUUAACGCUAUAAUCACCACUUACUAAAGCUAGUAGCAGAGUCUUUCCUGCCCUUGCAUGGAUAGAUGUUCCACUUAUUUUUCUAUUACAGGAAAGCACAAUAGGAUAUCCAGCUGUUUCUGAAGUGCAGGUGUAA